AACGGCGCGAAUAGGUCGUCGUCAGGGAGCAGAGACUUCAACGCGGUGUUACACGUUCGGAUGCUGUUGACUGUGUGGACUGCUACAAGGACUGCAGUACUAGAUUGGGACUAAUUCGCGCCCACUCUGGGUUUUGAUUCAAGAAGAAGUAGAAGCACUAGUGUGGUGUUGGUUGGUCAGUUGACAGCGUGGUCAAAGCUGGGAUGGGGAAACCGUCGAGGAUGUUUUGAGAGUGACCUUCCGUAUGGUGGAUCCUUAACAAAGUGGUGGGGGGCGCAGAGCAGGCAAAACUUUGCUAAUUAAAUUUCGCCUGGAAACUAUCGGGACGUGGCCGUUGUCGUCAGGACGAAGAAGACACCAAAGUGCACGAGGACUUCUUAAGGAGCGGGACCAUCAAAAGGUGUAAUUUAGUAGCUCUGGAAGACAAAGCCAGAGUGCCAGAGGCAGUGGUUGGCUGGCAACACUGAAACCGGAGAAGGGUGGGGGUGCAGGAUAAUUGAUUGCAGCAUAAUGAACUUGAACCCACCGCCGGCGGAAGAGUAGUAGUGCAGUGUGAUGGCCCGUUAACGGAGGCUGAAGAAUAAAUUGUAGGACUUCAUUCCAGCAGUGAGAUAGCACCAAGGAGUCAACUUUGAAGUCGUCGGGUUCAACUGAAAGAAGUGGUAAUUUAGUGGUGGUGGCUCAUCAGGCCCCUCUUCAGCAAGAGAGCGAGAGAGGCUCAUGGAAGGAAAAUUGGUUACGUGAAGAACUUUUCCGGUUUGGUCUGGGCGGUGGAAAGUUGGGAAUCCACAAAGGAAAAGCUGUGGGCUUGGGCCGUGCUAUCGUGUGAUGUGUGAUGCAAAUUGAAUUAACACGAUAAUGUGAAAUAUGAAAUGUUAAUUGCAUUUACUACUUCUAACCACCUACCCACCCUGGAUGCUAAACGGUGGCUAUAGCUUAGUGACGUGAAUAGUUUAUUAGACGCAAAGUGGUGGGACGAGCCCGUUUCUGAUGGAUUAAUGUGAUUAAGGUUGGUGAUGCUAGAGCAGCUAGACGGAUUGUCGGACACCUUGCUCAGGAUUUUGUUGUGAUCGUUUGCAACGAGGAAAAAAGUUGAAGAUAAUUGCCACUAAUUCCAAACAGUAACCGUAACCGCAUCGCAAAAAGCAACUCAACCAUUCCAAAAGCCACUGAAUAAACCAAAGAUCAGUGAUUAUCGCGAUGGCGUCCGAAAACAACAACCGAAUGCGCGGCCAGUCGUCCAAUUAAUUCAGUUAUUUGUGAACUAGAGUGGCGCGCACACCGAACCGAAGUCAAGCGCCAAAUCGGCAAGUGGCGAAAAAUUGGAAACGCUCCAGCCAGGCCCCCCAAAUUCAAUUGAGCUUUACGCGCGAGACGUCACCAGGAAACCCGUCCCUGACUAUAUAGUACGAGUCCCCGCGGGGCACGUUGGUCUCUCGGCAGCAGCAGCAUCAGAGACAACAGAAAUAAGCGCAGACAGUCGGGAGCCCGCAUCGUUCAAUCCCGCAGCAGAAGAAGCAGCAGCCUAAACCUUGACCCAGUUUUACGCCAAACCAGCAGCGAAAGAAGCGCCAACACCACAAAGUUUUUUUUGGAGUUGGGGUUCGCAUUAUUGGUGAAACGCACCGCGGAAAACAACGUGGAAAUUUAAAACGCUACCGGGAGAGUAACGAAAAAUUACGACUGGGGAAAAAAAAGUGAUAAGUUGAAAUAAAUUGCAUGUUAUCAACGAGAACGGGAGGAAAAACGUAACUGGACAAGCGGCGUAGAUCCAGUACCAAACAAACCGUUAGUGAGUGUGCCGCAAAGGAAAAACACGUUUUCCGGUGGUUUUGGAGCGGUUGAGGGGAAAAAUUGUGUGUGUGGGUGAAAAAUCGUUUCAAUCUAGGUCCAGAAAUUGUGAGUGCGUGUGUGCGUUGGAGAGUCGGCCAGCUGUCAGCUGAAUCUGAUAGGUGAUAAAUUUCCCCUCUCCCUUUUCGUCUAAUUUUCCUAGUUUUUCUCGAGAUUCUUUUUUUUCUGAGUGAUGGAAAACAACGACACCGAAAUGGUUGCUGGUUUUUCCCUCUAGCCUAGUUCCGCCACGAGUGGGCAGCAGUUGUGGGUUGUGGUUCGGCUAUUCUGUGGGGUAGGGCAAGGAAAAAGGUGAAAGCUGGGAGAAAUGUGGUGCUUUUUUUUAAUCUAAAUGCCGUGAUUGAUGAAAUGAUUCGAUAUGUGGACCUACAUGAUGGCAGCGGCCCGAGGUGACCGGGCAAUGUCAUCCAUCUCGCAGCGUCAUCAGAGCAGCAGGAAUGAUUUCGACUCACCCAGCAUCUACCACUUCAACCGCGUCCAGCGCCCGCUGUACAACACGACGCACCGCGCGCCGGCCCUCUGUAAUGGGCCGUCCACGAUCAGCGGGGCGGGCUCGGCGACUCCGUUCGGUAGCAACACCAUCUACCAGAACUUCCAGAACCAGACGGUGGCCUCGUCCCCGAUGGGGGGCAGCUUCAGCAGUGUGGCCACCACACCCAGCCUGUCCUGUCCGAUGGGCACUUCGGGAUCGGGGCUGGGAAUUGCGGCAGCACCGUCGUCGCAACCCCCGGCAUCGGCCCCAGCUGCGCUGUCCUCGGCCGGGGCCAGCCCGUUCCAGAGUGGCAUCCAUCCGGCGUAUACGACGAGGAACCGGCCCGAGGUAGCCACCGAGCAACGGAACCAGCAGCAGAACCAGCAGCAGCAGCAGCAGUCGGCGAAUCAACUCUCGAUGCCCAACUCCACCGGCAAGAACAACCACCACCUGAGCCAGGCUGUGAUAGAGAGCGAACGGAGCGAUCUACUGGAAUCUUCCGGCGGUCGACGCUCGUUACGACGGUGGCUGAACGCGUUCCGGCAUCGGCUCAGCAAACGGGGCCGCUCGAAGCCCCCCGACCAGUUCCUGGACAAGUUUUCCUCCACGACCGCCUCGGACACCCGGCUGCACCAGACGGCCCAGGCGCUGCCCUCGGACGGAACCUGCAGCCGGCUGUCCGUCGAUCCGUCCCUGCCCUCACAUUACCGGUGGCUGUCGGUGGUGUCGCUAGCCGUACUGUACAAUAUAGUGUUUGUGAUAGGACGUGCCGUGUUCUGGGAGAUCAACCGCCAGGCGCCGGCACUCUGGUGGACCUUAGACUAUUUAUGUGAUUUUAUAUACUUAGCCGACACGUUAGUGCAUUGUCAUGAGGGGUACCUGGAGCAGGGUCUGCUGGUACGUGACGCGUCCAAGCUGCGGAAGCACUACUUCUCGAAGGAGCGGUGGUGGCUGGACCUGGUCUCGAUGCUGCCGACCGACCUCGCCUACAUCUGGUGGGCGCCGAGUUCCUGCGCCGCGACCCGGCUGCCCUGUCCAAUUAUAGUUAGGAUUAAUAGGUUACUGCGUCUUCCAAGAAUGUGGGAAUGGUUCGACCGGACCGAGACGGCCACCGGAUACCCGAACGCGUUCCGGAUAUGUAAAGUCGUUUUAGCUAUCUUAGUACUAAUCCACUGGAACGCGUGUCUUUACUUUGCAAUAAGCUACGCGCUCGGCUUCAGCUCGGACAACUGGGUGUACAACAUCAACGGGGCCAAGAAUCUGACCCUGUCGCGGCAGUACAUCUACAGCUUCUACUGGUCGACGCUGACGCUGACGACGAUCGGGGAGACGCCGACGCCGGAGAACGACGCCGAGUACCUGUUUGUGGUGGCGGACUUUCUCGCCGGGGUGCUCAUCUUCGCCACGAUUGUCGGUAACAUCGGCUCGAUGAUUUCGAACAUGAACGUAACCCGGGUCGAGUUCCAGAACCGGAUGGACGGCGUCAAGCAAUACAUGGCCUUCCGGAAGGUGGGCGGCGAGCUGGAAGCAAGGGUGAUCCGAUGGUUCGCGUACACGUGGGCCCAAAGUGGCGCCCUGGACGAGGAACGCGUGCUGGCCGCCCUGCCGGACAAGCUAAAGGCGGAAAUCGCGAUCCGGGUGCACAUGGACACGCUGCGGCAGGUGCGCAUCUUCCAGGACUGCGAGCCGGGCCUGCUGGAGGCACUGGUGCUGAAACUGAAGCUGCAGGUCUUCAGCCCCGGGGACUACAUCUGCCGGAAGGGUGACGUCGGCAAGGAGAUGUACAUCGUGAAGCGGGGCAGCCUCUCGGUGGUGGCGGACGACGGCGUCACGGUGCUGGCAACACUGGGCGCCGGCUCGGUCUUCGGCGAGGUUUCCGUGCUCGAGAUUGCCGGCAACCGGACCGGCAAUCGGCGGACGGCCAACGUGAGGUCGAUCGGUUACUCCGAUCUGUUCUGCCUGGCGAAACGUGACCUGUGGGAAACUUUGGCCGACUAUCCGGAAGCCCGGGCCUCGCUGACGGAGCGAGGAUGUCAAUUAUUGCGCAAGGACGGCCUGCUGGACGAGGCGGUGUUUGCAAGCGCCCAGCACCAGCAGGACACGCUGGAGAGCGGAGUGGCCAAGCUGGAGCAGACGGUGGAGAACCUGAACCUCCGGUUGGCCCGGCUGCUGGCCGAGUACAGUGCGAGUCAGGCCAAGCUGAAGCAGCGGAUCUCGAAGCUGGAAGAAAGCCGAUCGGUGACGUCUCCUAAACGCCGUUCAAAUCAUCACCAUUCCAACAACAACAACAACCCUGGCGUUGAUGGCGAUGCGAGAUCUCCCGUUCUAUCGCCAACCAGCCGGCAGCAGCAGCAUUCGAGGUCAUCCCAGAGCAACCACCGACGCAAAUCGCACUCCACGUCCUCGGCGACGGCGACGAUGGCCAGCAAGCAAAACACGUUAUGAAUAUGCAUUCGCCUCCACUUGCAGAGGCAGAGGCAGC